UGUCCCGGCGGCGCCAACUGAAGUGCCCGCCCGCCCGCCUGCCGACAUGCUGCGCCGCUCUUUGCUCUGCCUGGCCCUGGCCCUGCUGGCCCGCGCGGGCGCCGACGCCCCCGAGGAGGAGGAUCAUGUCCUGGUGCUCAAGAAGGGCAACUUCGAGGAGGCGCUGGCGGCCCACAAGUACCUGCUGGUGGAGUUCUACGCCCCGUGGUGUGGCCACUGCAAGGCCCUGGCCCCUGAGUACGCCAAAGCCGCCGGGAAGCUCAAGGCAGAAGGUUCCGAGAUCAGACUAGCCAAGGUGGACGCCACGGAGGAGUCGGACCUGGCCCAGCAGUACGGCGUUCGCGGCUACCCCACCAUCAAGUUCUUCAAGAACGGGGACACCGCGUCCCCCAGAGAGUACACAGCUGGCCGGGAGGCUGACGACAUCGUCAACUGGCUGAAGAAGCGCACAGGGCCUGCGGCCACCACGCUGGCAGACGUGGCCGCCGCCGAGGCCUUGGUGGAGUCUAGCGAGGUGACGGUUAUCGGCUUCUUCAAGGACGCGGAGUCAGACUUUGCCAAGCAGUUCCUGCUGGCGGCCGAGGCCGUCGAUGACGUCCCCUUCGGGAUCACAUCCAGCAGCGACGUCUUCUCCAAAUAUCAGCUAGACAAGGACGGGGUCGUCCUCUUCAAGAAGUUUGACGAGGGCCGGAACAACUUUGAUGGGGAGGUCACCAAGGAGAAGCUGCUGGACUUCAUCAAACACAACCAGCUGCCCCUGGUCAUCGAGUUCACGGAGCAGACGGCCCCAAAGAUUUUUGGAGGUGAAAUCAAGACCCACAUCUUACUGUUCCUGCCGAAGAGCGUGUCCGACUAUGAGGGCAAACUGAGUCACUUCAAAAAGGCUGCUGGUGGCUUCAAGGGCCAGAUCCUGUUUAUCUUCAUCGACAGUGAGAGCGCAGACAAUCAGCGCAUCCUGGAGUUCUUCGGGCUGAAGAAGGAGGAGUGCCCGGCUGUGCGCCUCAUCACGCUGGAGGAGGAAAUGACCAAGUACAAGCCUGAGUCCAGCGAGCUCACGGCCGAGACCAUCACCGACUUCUGCCACCGCUUCCUGGAGGGCAAGAUCAAGCCUCACCUCAUGAGCCAGGAGCUGCCCGAGGACUGGGACCGGCAGCCUGUGAAGGUGCUCGUGGGCAGGAACUUCGAGGAGGUGGCAUUCGACGAGAAGAAGAAUGUGUUUGUGGAGUUCUAUGCCCCCUGGUGCGGCCACUGCAAGCAGCUGGCCCCCAUCUGGGACAAGCUGGGGGAGACCUACAAAGACCAUGAGAACAUCGUCAUCGCCAAGAUGGACUCAACGGCCAAUGAGGUGGAGGCGGUGAAGGUGCACAGCUUCCCCACACUCAAGUUCUUCCCCGCCGGCCCAGGCAGGACGGUCAUCGACUACAACGGGGAGCGGACGCUGGAGGGCUUUAAAAAGUUCCUGGAAAGCGGCGGCCAGGACGGUGCCGGGGACGAUGACGACCUGGAGGACCUGGAGGAAGCCGAGGAGCCCGAUCUGGAGGAGGACGACGACCAGAAAGCCGUGAAGGAUGAGCUGUAGCGCAGUCUGGGCAUCGUACACUGGCGCGAGCACGCGCACACCGCCAUCUGCGAGCAAGGGAGCGUCGGAACCGCAGGGACCUCUCGGGCACACCCACCGCCCUGCCCGCAGUGGGGCUCCGGGGACCGGGGCGGGCCUUGUUUUUAAUUGUGAUGUACUUUUUUGUACGUUUGUCCAGAGCUCGCUGAAGUCUCCUUGGGGUCUCGUACUGGCACUGUCCCCCCUAUCCGCCCCAUCAGAGCUGCCCCCUCGCUCGGCUCUGCCCCUCAUGGGCUCUGAUGCCAACCUCAGGCUGUCUCUGUCUGUAGCGGCCACGCUGGGGCCUGUCCCGUCCCUCAUCCGGGCCAGAGGUGCCAGGAGCAUGUGAUCCUGUGUCUGGCACCCCGCACCCCUGCCCGAGGAGGUGGCUGCCUGUGGGGCCCGCCUGCCCCUGCGCCCUCCCCACCCCAGGGGCUGCAGUGCGAUGGGGCCGUGUGGGCAGGCGGCCCCUUGCCCUGCAGGCCACCAGCUGGGGUCCUCCCCAGUCAGGCAGGGCCCAGACAUUCUCACCAUUUCUGCCUCAGAACUGGGAUUGAACACAUUGGCCAAAUAAAAUUGGGACUGUC